AUGUCGACUACUCUUAGUUCGCUGGAGUUGAUGCUGGUGAAAAUCCAGCAAAUAGAGGAUCAGCCCAAGGAUGCACCGCCGGUAUUACCGGUUCGUCCGGUGUCCAGGGCCCGACUACCUCGGGCAAGAAAGCACUUGCCAUUUAAUUUCCAGAAGAGUGGUUGUGAAGAAAAUUACGGGUAUAAAGAUAAAAGUUUUAAAUGUGUUGAGUCAAUUCAUAAACCGGAUUUAGCAGAAAGCGAUGGUAUUCGGAUUGGGGUACUGGAGAAUUCAAAAGAAACAGCAGAAAAGGGGGUAUUGAAAAUUCAGAAAUGCUAUAGAGGCCAUCGAAUAAGAUCCUACUACAGCAAACUUAGAAGAGGAGUAAUUGCACUGCAAUCAUUUGUCCGCUGUGAAAAUUCGAGAAGGGAACGCUGGUAUCGGACUAUGAGGCUGACAGCAAUUGUCGUAAUACAGAAACAUAUUAGAGAGCAGUUUGCAUAUAGAGCUCUGAAAGAGAGACACGCAGCAGUUGUAUGCUUGCAAUCUGGAAUUCGAGGUUGGUUGUCCCGAAAUGAUUUCAACCACACAGAACAUGAGCGAAAACUAGAAAUUAAGAAUGAGGGAGAUGUCAGAAAACUGUCCAAAGACAUAGACAAGAAGGAUCAUGUUCUGGUUCAGAAUUUUGUUCUUGUUGAUCUACAAAAGCAAGCCUUGAGGAUGGAGGCAAAAGUGCGGAAAAAGAACAAGGAAAAUUCUGAUUUGAAGAUGCAACUUCUGAAAAUGGAGGAAAAAUGGCGAGAAUACGAGGAGAAGAUGAAGUCCUUGGAGAAAACCUGGCAAGAUCAAUUGACUUAUAUACAGACAUGUUUAGCUGCAGCAAAGAAAAAUCCCACUGACGAAAUCAUUAUCGGGAAAUUCGGACAGUGUGAUACUAUUUUUCGACAUCAAAAUCAGAAUGCUGAUGGUACAACCACAAGAACUGGAGUUCACCUUGGAAAGAGUACGGUGAACUCAUUGGAUUUGCCAAGUAGCAACGGAUCAGGACCACAUAUCAUAAAUAAUUUAACCAAUCACGUAAUUGAACAAUUUGAAGGCGUGUAUGAUGACGACGGUGAUCGGGCUCGAGUUGCAACAGAUCAGGUCAAGUUAAAUCCUGGAUUAGAGCUUCGAAAACUUAAGCUUAGGUUCACAGCAUGGAAAAAAGACUUCAAAAUUCGGUUAUGGGAGGCAGAAACGACGUUCAAGAAGCUUGGCCAUCUCGAAACAGAAAAGGGCCAAACGAGAUGGUGGGAAAGACGAAUGAAAAAGGGGAUUUGGAACUGA